AUGGCAGAUAGUUCUCUCAAAACCCUCUUCAAUUCAGCAGAGCGCCAAAGACUGGCUAUUGAAUCAUCAUGGGAUACAAAUACAGAAAAAUAUCAGGAAGAUAUUGCGAAUGCGCUGACUGCAUACCAAGAAUGUCGGCAGCUUGCAGAUAGACUUGCAUUAUUCAGCCCAAACGAAACUUUGGAAGAUAUCAAUUCUAGUGAUAUACAAUAUUUGGUCAUUCCUUACAGGAUCGCAGAUUUGGGUCAACGACUUUCCACAAAUACUAGUGAUCGAAAAGUAAUUUUGCAAGAGGCCAAAAAAUGUUAUGAAGCAUUUUUAACUCAACUAGGAUAUUAUGAGAUGCUAUCUACUGCAGAAAAGAAGUUGUAUGCUGAAUAUCAAGAAUCGCCAUCUACGUUCUCAACCAUUUCCACCACAGAUCCAACUGCAAGAAGGAAUGCAAAGAUCGCAAAUUUUAAGAUGGAGAAGGAACUUAAAAAGAAGCUGGAUUUUCUGGCAGCGAAUCCAGCCUAUCUACAAAACGAUGAAGAUGCCAUUCGCGAAUUAGAAGUUGCUAAACUAUCCUUGUGUUCGCAUAAUGCCUUUCAAUCACUCGAAUCCAUCAACCGCGAACUCGAGAUCUUGGCUAUGGCACCUGUGGGACCACAAGUUCCCCAAGGUCAGCAACCGGAUGACAGGGAACGAAUAGGAGGUCUGCGCGGACCAGACGCAGGAUACUCGGAUCGCUUGGAUAUGAGAGAUAUUACUACAAAUAACAAAGGGCCAAUCUUGAGUACUGGAGGAAAGCCAUUACGGCCAUUUACUCUACUAGAAAGUAGACAAGCAUUACAAAAGGGUGUAUUCAGACCAGGGCAUAAUUUGCCGACUAUGACGAUAGAUGAAUAUCUGGAAGAAGAGAGAGCGAGGGGUGGUAUAAUUGAAGGAGGUGGAGAGGCAAGUGGUAUUAUACCUGAGAUUGAUCCUGAUGAUUUCGAGAAAAUGGACGAGGAGACCGAAAAGGCUAGAAGGUGGGAUGAAUUUACAGAGGAUAAUCCAAAGGGCGCUGGAAAUACCUUAAAUAGAGGAUAG